UCUAAAAAAUGGCAGCUUCCGGGUUUUGUUUGGAAGCUGUCAAGAAAUUUAUGAUUGAUAAUGAUUGUAAAGUUACUAACCACGAACUAGUAACACACUUCAAAAGUUAUUUGAAUGAUCCUGAUGAAAAAACUCAAAAGUUUAACAGAGAGAAGUUCAAAGAGUUUGUCAAUACCUUGGCUGGGAUAAAAACUGAUGAGAGAGGAGAGAAAAUUCUUGUGUUAAAAAAGAAAUUCAGACCAGAGAAUGUCAGUACAGAUUCUUCUAGACAAGAAUCUCUCCCCUCGAGCAGGUCAGGGUCAUCAAGUGACCCCAGAGGUCAAGGGUCAGAUAGUGUUCCUAAAUCCCAAAGUUACAGCAGCAGCAGUUCUAGCACUGAUCAAACAUCAGAAAUUCCAAAUUCUAACCAUUUGUCUACUGCAUCAUCAAUUUCUUCAGCUGCCUCAACAAAUUCGGGACCAGUGACGUCAGAAGAUGACGUGAAUGCCUCCAUUGUAAGCGUCAAAGAACGAGCACAUCACCUAAAUCGAAUGGAGUCAGAAAGUGAACUGCAGAAAAUGGCUGAAGGUCAAAGAGUAAAAGGACAGCGAAGUCCAAAUGAGAAAGGUGAUCCCGAUGACGAAUCAAAUUCGUCUGGAAGUUGUUAUGUUUCGUUGGAUUCUGAGGAGAAAGAAUGGAUUGUGGUCAGCUCCACGUCAGAGUAUCAUCCAAUUCACAGAAUGUUGACCAAGAAUCCAACUUUAGUCAACGUGAAGGUUGGUGUUAUGGGUUACACUGCAUUACAUCUUGCUGCCAUGCAUGGACAUGAGGACAUAAUAGAACUUCUAGUCUCAACGUACAAAGCUGAUGCCAAUCUCCGUGAUUACAGUGGAAAGAAAGCAAAACAGUAUUUAAGAAAUACUGCCUCUACUAAAGCUCAACGUUUAUUUGGAAAUGACAUUAAUGUAAUCGCAAUGGGAGAAUUGUUAUUGUCAAGAAAAUUGGGAUCGUCACUAGGCUCUGUUCGAUCUUUGGACGAUUCUUUUACAAGGAGUGCUUCUUUUAGAAGAAGCAAACAGGUGAAAGCUAUAAGUAGUCUCAUCCAGGGUUCAUCUUCUGGGGUCAAGGCCAUGUUUAGAACCACGUGGGCAGGAUCAGCUGAUGAUCUAAUUCGUAACCGCCACUCUCGUUCUCGAAGUCCAAACUCUACCCCAACAGGUAGUGGAAAAUCCUCCCCAAGUCCCCAGCGAAGGGAAACGUUUGCAAGUCGGUCAGUGGACAGGGAAUUAAUGCCUCCCCCAUCUGCACCUGUAAGGAAGAGGCGUGAAGCUCAAUCAGGCAGUGAUGGAAAUCUCGCUACUGAAGAUAUGACUAGAACUAUAUCAGAACCGACUCUUAACAGUGGAAGAUUACCAAAGACUUAUAUAUGAAAACAAUCUGACAUCUGUUUUAUCGUAUAAGUAUCAUUUAUAAGCAAUAUGGCAUUACAUAUAUUUUGCUUUCAACAUGUUCAAUACGGUUUGCAAGUUUACACGAGCAUGAUGACAUUUUUGUUACAAAAUAAUUUUGAUCCAUAUUCUGUGCAAUAUUGAUGAAAUUUUGUUAGUAAAUUCGUGGAUGAUAUAAUAUUUCAUUAUGAUUAGAAACAUGUGUGAAUGUCUAUUUUUGAUAUGUACAUGAAAUCGUUGUAAACAUGUAUCUAUAUAUAAACAGUAUAUACAAAUUCAAACAUCAGCCUAGACACAGGCAUUCAAAGCAAAAUAUUUUCAUUAUUUAUAUAUUUGUCAUUGUUACUUGUUAGUUUGUUUUUUACUGAUUGUUGACAAUAAAAAUAACUAUGAAUAACA